AUGGAAGAUAAUUUUGAUGCAAACCUUUUCAUAAAUAGAGAAUAUGUUCUAAAAAAAUUUUAAUAUAAAGAUUGUGAAUAAGAGUAUUAAGCAUCAGUUUCGUGCUCUACUGAUUGGGAUUUGACAGGAUAAAUAGUCUGGAGAGCUGCUGAAUAAUUAGCUGAGUUUAUAGUUGAUAACAAGGAGGCAUUUAAGAAUAAAACAUGUUUAGAACUAGGAGCAGGUGUAGGAUUAUCAGGUUUAGUAUGUUCUUAAUAUGCAAAAUAAGUAUAUAUAACAGAUGCCACAAGAGUUAGAGCAGGUAUAAAAAUAUAUAUAUAUUGA